GUCAGUGAGGAGCAACGGGCCAGUCACCAGCUGGUCCGCCACAACACAACACAACACAACAAGGGACGCGCGCUGUAGCCCAACACACCACCGCAUUUCUCGCCACGUUCUGACCUCGGGUGACCUGCAGCGGCAUGGGGGACCAGAUAAACCAGGAUGAGAUACGUAAGAAGCGGUUGGCCAAACUCGGGGCAACACCAACUGUCAGCACCAACAACAGUGAGGAGAGCACCAGCCCCCAGGUGUCUCCAAGUCCCCAGUCAGCAGGGAGUCUUCAGCUGUGCACGGCAACCCCUGUGUCCUGUCUCCUUCCCUCCCCCACCAAAAGGCAGCCACCACCCUCACCACUUGAUAUUACACCAUGCAAGCAAGGUGUGGAGCCGAUGGAGGUGGACAGCAAGACAGGAGAGUUGGGAGGUGAUGUGGAGAACAGCUCGCAUUAUCGCAAUGACAACAAGAGACAGAGGAGCGUCAGUACCAGUGAAGUGACGGAGGAGCUGCUGUGGGCCACGCUCUCCAACCUGCUGCAGAGCUCCUGGCCAGGCAUGGACACUGGUGCUCCUGUUACUGUGCAGGUGACGGCAGCAACCAGCCAGCAGGAGGUGACGUCACAAGUGUUGGUGGAAGUGGUGGAGCGGCUCUGUGGGGGAGAGGUGCCAUCUGGCCUGUUGGACCUUGGCACCAACCCAUCAGACUCACCGGAACUCAGUGCCUCACCCACUGGGAGCAGCAGCACAAUAGACCUAUCAAGUAUUGUCAAGCCAAGCCAGACGCCCCAAGCUGCUGCUCUCUCUUAUAUCAUUCAGACAUAUGCACGGUGCAACAGUGAGGAGAAGACACACCCCAAGAGAAGCAACUCCCCACCAAUGCUGAGUAUGCUGAGGAAUGUGAGGACACAGUGCAUAGCUCACACCAGUCUCCUUCUCUCAGGGUGCCUGGGGGGUGAAUUCAAUCCUGAGGGACACAGCCUGCUGCUACACCCUCUGCUCAGCGAGUCACUGCCCCGAGGCUUCUUGUGUGACCUCAUCCACCACACCUGGCAGCACCAGCCAACCUUUGUCAAGGUGUUUGGGCCACUGCUACAGGGCCUCAGUGGGGCCAUGAGGAGCUGCAGCAUCACCUCCCGCACCUACAUGAGGGUGUUUGAAUCGCUAGACCUCCUCACAGACAUCAAGGCCGUCGGCUCUUCAUCGCGUCCCAUCUGUAAUCUCAUGGUGUCUAUGAACAACUGGCAGCCUCGGGGUGAGUCACAAACGAUAGGGCGUGAGAUGGUGCAGACCACGCUGCUGGGACCCUUCCUGGCACUGUCCCUCUUUGCUGAGGAUGACCCCAGGGUGGCAGAACAGUUUGUGAGGAAUCAGGGCACUGGCCAGACAAUGCCAGCUGGCCUCCAGGACUUGGCUAGAGAGAUGGACCACAUGAGGAUGACCAUCCUGCACAAGCUCUUCCACAGCAUGCUGGUCAACACAGGCUCACGUGAACCUGUGCUGUCCUUCCUGGCACGCAUGAUCUCCCUCAACCACCGGCGGGCACAGAUCCAUGUGGAGGAGCAGCUGGUGGCUGGGGAUGGGGCCAUGGUCAAUCUGGUGUCUGUCUUGCAGCAGCUAUGCUUCAAGGUCAAGUUGGAGAAGGUGGAUCCGUACUACAUGAUUCACCCUGACUCAUUGGUGGACGUCAGCAAGGACUCCCGGCUCUCCAUGACUCAGGACGAGGCAGAUGGCUGGCUCAAGAAGCUCCGCACGAGUAAAGAUUUCAAGUUCCUGGAGGUCAACUUCCACAGUCAGUGUUGGUUCCUCACACUUCAUGCUCACCACCUAGGCGUGCUGCCUGUCAUGCGGAAGUAUACACGCCGCAUCAGGGCCAUCAGGGACCUGCAGAAGAUGGUGGAAGAGAUAGAGAGCACGGAGUCUCAGUGGGGCAGCUUAUCUGUGGCCUCCAAGCAGCGGGAACUCCUCAAAAAGUGGAAGGCCCAGCUUAAGAAACUCAACAAGUCCAAGAUCUGUGCUGAUGCUGGACUUUUAGACGAACACUUGCUGGAACGCUGCCUCCACUUCUACUCCGGGGUGGCUCAUGUCAUCCUCCGAGCACUUACUGGUGGCCGCUCGAACUCCUUUAACUCCACUUCCAGCACUUCUGAAGGCCCUGUGUCAGCGCCCCUCACAGACACAAGCUCCCUGCUGCCCCUACCCCCCACCCUGCCAGAGCUGUUUGCUGCCCUGCCAGAGUGGUACUUGGAUGACCUAGCAGAGUUCCUCCUUUUUGUCCUGCAGUACAUUCCCAAGGUGGCCAUCAAGCAUCUGGAGGAUCCCAUCAUCACCAUGGCCAUUGUUCUCUUGUGUUCCCCGUCACUCAUCAAGAACCCAUAUCUUACUGCUAAGCUGGUGGAGAUGCUGUUCAUGCUGACCCCGUCCGUACAGCAACACGUGGACAGCCUGCACCAACGCAUCCUUCACCAUCCUCUAGCGACACACCUCCCUGUGGCACUAAUGAAGUUCUAUACCAUGGUGGAGUCAACAGGAACCAGCAGUGAGUUCUACGAUAAGUUCACAAUCCGUUACCACAUCAGCGUGAUCUUCAAGAGCCUGUGGGAUGACCGAAGGCACCGGCAGGCACUCAUUACUGAAUCAAACUCAGGGAAGGAGUUUGUCAAGUUUGUGAACCUGCUGAUGAAUGACACAACCUUCCUGCUUGAUGAAUCUCUAGAUGCCCUCAAGCGCAUCCACGAGGUACAGGAGGAGAUGGAGCGUGGCACGUGGGCACAGCAGAGCCGGGAGCAGCAGCAGAGCAGACAGAGGCUUCUGGCCACCGAUGAGAGGCAGUGCAGGUCUUACCUGACGCUAGCCCGGGAGACAGUGGACAUGAUGCACUACCUCACCAAGGAGGUGCCAGAUCCCUUCCUGAGGCCUGAGCUAUGUGACCGGCUGGCGGCCAUGCUCAACUUCAACCUGGCACAGCUGUGUGGGCAGAAGUGUGGUAACCUGAAGGUGCGCCAGGCAGACAAGUAUGGUUGGGAGCCACGUAAGCUUCUAGAGCAACUGGUGGACAUCUACCUUCACUUGGACUCACCAAAGUUUCACCAGGCUAUUGCUAAUGAUGAGCGAUCCUUCAAGAGGGAGUUGUUUGAGACGGCGGCGUCCAAGCUGGAGCGAGCGGUUAUCAAGUGUGCUUCAGAGGUGGAGGCAUUCCGCAGCAUUGGAGAGCAGGCGUACAAUGUGCUGCAGGCCAACCAGAAGAAGGAUGAGGAUUACAGUGAUGCUCCAGACCACUUUAUGGACCCCCUCAUGCAGACGCUGAUGGAGGACCCCGUUGAGCUUCCCUCAGGCGUGGUGAUGGACCGGCCUACCAUCGUCAGGCACCUCCUCAAUGACCCCACUGACCCUUUCACCCGCCAGCCACUGUCUGAGGAGCAACUUUUGCCAGCUGAGGCACUCAAGAAGGAGAUCAGGGACUGGAUUGCAGCCAAGAACAACUCGAGGAGCUCAUCGUGAGGGCAGGAUGAGGGUGGCUGGUCUGGACGGAGGGGCGGCGGUGGUGGUGGCCAGACCAGGUGACCUUUGACCUGCCUAGUGUGCAACCUUGACCCAGGGAGGCAACCAACCAAACACCCGCCAGUCUGUCUGUCUGUCUGCACCAUCUCUCCAUCUCUCUCUCUCUCUCUCUCUCUCUCUCUCUCUCUCUCUCUCUCUCUCUCUCUCUCUCUCUCUCUCUCUCUCUCUCUCUCUCUCUCUCUCUCUCUCUCUCUCUCUCUCUCUCUCUCUCUCUCUCUCUCAUUUCAUUUCAUUUCAUUUCCAUCUAUCUUUGUAUUACAAGUCAGAGAGAGAGAGAGAGAGAGAGAGAGAGAGAGAGAGAGAGAGAGAGAGAGAGAGAGAGAGAGAGAGAGAGAGAGUGAGAGUGUGUGUUGCUAAUGGGUCUUCUUAAAGAUCUGUGCCGCCGCCAUCCAUGAACAUUUUGUUUAUCUGUAUGUUCUUGUGAGUGAGUGAGCAUGUGUGUAUGUGUGUGUUGGGAUGGUCUUACAUAUUGGGCUGGCAGGAUGUAUGUGUGUGAGAGAGAGAGAGAGAGAGAGAGAGAGAGAGAGAGAGAGAGAGAGAGAGAGAGAGAGAGAGAGAGAGAGAGAGAGAGAGAGAGAGAGAGAGAGAGAGAGAGAGAGAGGCAUUUGGUACCAUGUCCCUUACACCAGAAUCUGUGUGUUGUGUAGUGGUGUAGAGGAAGCAGUGUUGCAUUGUCAAGUCAGGAGGCGCUGGGGGUUCAGACUGCCAAACAUGGCCUUCACCAGUACAGAGAGAUUCAAACAAUUCAUAGAAGGAACUUCUCUAUUUGAGGUGAUGGUGCUGCAUGUGCAAAAAAAUAUUAGAGAAAUGCAUUUAUAUGUCAUUAUAAUGUGUGUAUGUACAUGUGUGUGUGUGUGUGUGUGUGUGUGUGUGUGUGUGUGUGUGUGUGUGUGUUGGAUGAGUGAGUGAGUGAAGAAGAGAGCAAUAAGAAAAGAUGGGCAGUUACCUUUCCUUGACUAAUGCGAAGGUUAUUGAAAAGUGGCUAUUAAGGGUAGAAAUUGAGGAAGAGAGGAGAUAGGUAGCGAUAAACGGCAACUGUAGUAUUGAUCACUCGACCAAUCAGCUGUUAGAGGUGAGUGUGGGUGAUGGAGUUGGCCAAUCACCACACACAGAGGCAGAUGGAGGAAUGCCUGAUUGGUGGCAGCACUCAAGAGUUAUAAGCAAAGCACGAUCACAUUCAGGUGGUCCCUCAUGGUAUAUGUAAGAACAAUUUAGAGACAUUUUAUUUACACAUUAAUUUAUCCCCUCUUUUUUUCUUAUUAUAUUGUUCAGGUUAAAUGAGAAUGAUGUUCAGAAUUUUCCACAACCACAUGUUGUCUUCAUGUUUCCAUUGUCAUUGGCGUGGGGUGCAUCUGGGCAUGUGAGGGGCAGUGUAGGAUGUUCUGUGCCAGCCUCUUUGUAGAUGCACAACUGUUUGCCUUCCAAGGUGGUCAGGGUGUGAGUCAGUGAGUCAGUCAGUCGGUCUUUGUGUAAUUCAUGUCCGUUGUUGGGUUCAGGAAAGUCUUAGCUCAGAUCCGGAAGAGAGAAAAGUAGUUGAGAGAGAGAGAGAGAGAGAGAGAGAGAGAGAGAGAGAGAGAGAGAGAGAGAGAGAGAGAGAGAGAGAGAAAGUAAGUGAGAGAGGGUUUUUAUGGGCAUGCUAGAAGUAUAUUUUAAGUUUGUGUACAUAGGAAGAAUUCUAAGUAACUUACAGUCAUAUUACUAAUACUCUUUGGCAUCUAAAGUGUUUUCUUUGAGUUGCAGAAAUACAACAAAAAAAAUGACAAUGAACUUUGUAAGCUACCCUUACCUGCUUUUCUCUUCUCAUCCCCUGCACAUCCCACACUGAUGCUGUUGUGUCAGUAGCCAAGGAUCUUUGUAGGGAUUGGGCUCAACAGUAGAGGUGUAGCAGCUCUGCUCAGUGUGUGAGUAACUGUCAAGUGUGAUGAAAGUGUAAGGUGACAAAGCAGACUGUGUAUCCAGGGCAGAGUGGAAAGCUGAGUAUUGCAUUGUACUGGGUGGUAUGACACUGAAUUCUGUGUGAGACUGGUGAGUAGCAUGUGCUGAUGAGAGGAAACAGAAGCACUUUAUUUCUCUAACAUUUCAUAUGAAAAUUAGAACAUUAGGAAAGGGAAGCUGUAAGAACCCAUUAGGUUUACCCCAUGGCAGUUCUUGUAUAGAAUAUGCUUACUUCUAGCCACCUCUCAUCCUUGUUCAUAAUUUUAGCAAAUUUUCUUUUAGACCUCCUUAUUGCCACAGCAGUAAUGUUAGUGUCUGUUAGUGAUGUUGCAUUCUAUAGUGAUUAGAUGUAUAAUUAUUUUAUGUAGCAGCAUCACUGUAUGCAUGUAUGUAUGUAUACAAGCAGGUAGACAAACAGGUCUAGAUGGAUAUGGGUGAAGUCCGCAUGGCAGGCCAGCUUCACAUUACACACCAUGGAACUUUUACCACUUGGCACUAGAAGUAAUUUUUUGUAUUUGUUUAUAUUGCCUCCAUAAAUGUCCCAGGGAUGACUAGUAUGUUACUUAGUCCUGUUCACUCUUAGUUAGUUGUUACCUCUGAUGUGGGUAAAACCACUUGUGACUUUCUGCUUUUCAGGUGAAAGUCAGUGGGGAAUGUUAUAAAUAAUAACAGUUUUGAGAAACUUUAGAGGUGGUGGAUGGAACACAGCUUUUGUGUUGGUGGUGCUACAGUGCUAGUGACUUGCUGCUUGGCUGCCACUCCACAGUGACAAACAAAGUAUUUGUGGAUUGAUCACAUUAACAAGAACAUGAAUGUAUUUGUGAUUAUAGUACAGUUAUAGUAUAGUACAUCAGUGUGUGAUGUGGCUUGGCAUGACCAUGCUGGCUCCAUCCAUAUCCAUCCAUCCAUCCACACGCAUUUGUCCACCUACUUGGACACAUACAUACAGUCAUGCUGCUACUUCAGAAAAUUUCUAUAUUUAGUUACCUUACAAGGUAACAUCAUUACUGGACACUAUUACACAGCAACCUGAUUAUUAAGUCUACAUAUUCUGAUUAUCUACCACUAAUUAUUAAUUUCCCAAAGAUGAUAGUUUCUACAGCUUUUUUUCACUAGAGAAAAAAAAGUUAGAGAAAUAAAUUACUGCUUCAUCCUGUUUCUCUUAUCAUCACAUUCCACAACCAGAAUACUAGUUCUGUAAAGUAGAGAGUGAUUGAGGAUGCUGAAGAAAAAUACAGUUUAGAUCUUUGCCUGGGAACAGGUUAUGUACCUAGCACAGUAGUGGAAGCUUGAUGUUGCAUUGUACUGGAUGGUGUGAUAUUGAAAAUUGUGUAUGUACAUUAUGAGAGAGAUAAUGAGAAUACCUGAAACAAAGUAGCAUGGUAGGAUAUCAGUAAGAUGAGAGAGGUUUUUUCAAAUACUAAUUUAUCUUGAAUUUUUUUAAGACACUAAUGUAGAGGAACUUAUGAUGGAAAAUUAUUGCAGAAAAGUAACAAGUAGAGGAAAGUGCAUCAUAAGAUUUCACCAGUUUGGGAGAAGCUGUGAUGGAAGUGGUUCUGAGAAAGAGUAGCAAAUAGAAGAAAUUAUUUUGCAGGAUUUCAGUUGAGUACAAAGGCGUGGGUAGUGAGCCAAGUUUGAGGUGAUUUUCCAGUGUCCCCAGGUUAGCAGGAAAGGGCAAGGUGUCUACAUAUCUACCCCAUUUCCCCGUAACACUCAGCUGGCUCCAUUAUAUCCCUUGUUUCUUUCCUGUGCUCAACCCUUCAUGGCUGUCAUUGGAGUGUGUAAGUUGAUGUUUUCCAUUAUUUCUCAGUAUGAUUCCAGUGAAAUGCAAUCCACCCAAGUCCCACAUUCAUUGUUAUAUUUUUCUUAGUUUUUCAUAUGUCUGAAUCACAUGUCUUGUUUGUCAGUCUUUGAAGAAAGAUUUAUCUACUGUA